AUGGAUUCGUUCUCUUCAGAUUCUGCUGGGGGGAAAAUUGUCAAGGAGAAGAAGACUCGAAGGCGCCUUCGACUCAGUUGUGUUGAAUGUACUAAGCGGAGACAAAAAUGUGACCGCAAACACCCUUGCUCUUUGUGUAUCACGAGAGGUGUAGCCCAUCUGUGCCGCUGGGAGUCCGUCCCUGUGGCCCGCCCACCUCCAGCUCGACCUCCUAUCAGUGCUUUGCGAGAAGCCAGUCUUCCGACAAAUCACGACCAGGAGGAACUUAUUUCCGAACUCAAACAGCGGAUUGCUACACUGGAGCAUGAACUCAGCAAGGCACGGGAGCAGCCUGCAUCGCCCUACCAUACACACUCGUCUGGCAGUCGCACCCAAUCAACAUCUCCGUCCUGUAACGCAACUGACGUAAGCACGAACAGUGGCCUGUCUGAUCAUCUUUCAGACAUCUCUCAUCGACAAUCAUCCGUGGAAAUCCUCCACGAGCAAAGCUUCCGCUCGACAAGAGGGUCACCAGAUCUUCUGCCCGUCGCAAGCCCCUUGAACGACGAAACUUACGAGUCAAUAUCCUACCUUGCCCAUUUAUCUUUGGCUCAUCAUGGAGAAUUUAUCGGGCGUGGAAGUGUGAUUUGUGCUCUUCAUUCGAUGACCACACGACGGGUCCCGCGCUUUCUUUAUGCCAAAUCAACCGACCCCCUGUCAGAUUUUCGCGAACCAGUUCGGAGGUUUUCUGACAUAUCUUUUGCUGGAAGCGUCGAGGAAUUGGUCGCACUGUUGCCUUCAAUGAUGGUCGUAGAAACUUUAACUUCCGCGUUCUUCGCUGAAGUAAAUUGGCGAUAUGCUAUUCCCGAGGACUGGUUUCGGGAUGCGCGAUCACAGAUGUGGUUAAGCUUACAACAUAGGCGAUCCCAAAUCAACACCAACUGGUUGGUGUUGUUAUUCGCUGUGUUGGCAUCUGCACCCCAGGCUGCUUACGAUGAAGUUGAGCCUUAUGCCCCCGUGCGAACUAACGACGACUAUUUUAUGUGUUCGAUACUUGCUCGUCGUCUGGUCGAAGACGAGUUCUUGAACGUACCUAACAGUUCCGUCAUGGUCUCUGCCGCUGACGGGACAGUUCUGGGGUGUCUGGCCAUCCCUAUGUUGUGCAAUUAUCUUGCAGAGCGAGGACGCAUCAGCGAGGCGUGGAAACUUGCUGGCCAGGGUAUCCGCAGUGCGGAAGCGGUCGGAAUGCAUCGCGACCCAGAAUGGAGGCUGUGGCAAAUGAUGUCCAGCGAUGAGAAGCUGUUGAGGAGGCGGGCAUGGUGGGGUUUAUUUAUUGCGGACAAAGUGUACUCGUAUAUUCUUGGUCGGCCCCAGAUACUGAGGCCAGAAACCUUUGAAGUUGAUUCAUCCCCUUCGCCUAAUCCAAAUGGAACGCGCAACAUAGUUAACAUUGGAUUAAACGUGAUCGUUUCUCUGAUGGAACUGUUGAGCAAUGCCAUAGAGAAAUGUUUCAACGACGUUUCUCCAUCAUGCUCCGCCUUCUUCCAAAUGGAUCGUACUUUCGAGGAAUGGGAAGAGCGACUCCCAACCGAAUACCAGCGAGGAUCAGAUUCACGGCUGCUGCAAGAUUAUAGUCCUGCAGAAUUAAAGCUUCUCGCUCUCCAGCGAUACUUUAUUCACACAUGGCAUAUGAUUGGGCGGCUUAAAUUUCACUUGGCUAUAACCACUGGCCUGGGCUCAGUACCUCAUAGUCCAAAUGAUUUACGUCGUAGUAUGGAAACUUGCGUCACCAUUACGUUGCAAAUUAUUCGCUUCCAAACUGCGACAUACCAAGCUUCACUUCGCCCGAGCGACGACAGCUAUGCCUUCGCCUAUCCGGUAAAUUGCUGGCUAUUCGAGGGUUGCUUCUCUUUGUUUGAAGCCUCAGUGGCGCUUAUUACCACCAUGUCACGACUCCGAUGGCACGAGAUGGAGGCUGAGACUAAUUCUGCCCUCGAUUCGGCCAUGUUUGUAUUCGAUAAGGUUGCCCACAGAGAGAAGGGCAAAACGAAGGACGGCGCCACUAGAGCCAUUGAAGUUUUGACCACUAUCCGAGAUCAAGGCUGGCUGGGGAAAGGCGAAAGACUACGGCUACCCAGAAUCAAAGAUGACCCCGAAUCCCAAGAAAUCCAGGGGGUACUCGACGUUGAAAAAGACUCUAGAAAUGAUUUUCCUAUAUCAGGCGUCUUUGCAUCGUCGUCGCAUUAUUCAAUGGGGCCAAUGCAUCCCUCAGACAUUCACCUUCCAAAGUUUUCUCAGCUUGAAGACUUUGUUGGCUAUGGAAUAGGAGCUCGCGCGGCGGCAGAUCACAUGGACAUCGUGCAUGUGGGAAAUGAAAGGAUACAUCAUCUCUAA